AGACAGACUUUUCGCUUGUCCUUUUUCAUUAAUACAGCCUGGUUUCAUCAUUCAACAUUCCUGUUGCUUCAUUUGACACAAUUUGUCUGUGAAUCAUUUCUUUCUCUAUUCACUCUCGAGAUCCACAUUUUUUCCUUUAAUGUCGCUCAUUAGAGAGUGGCAACACCUCUGUGUACCCUUUAGAGAUAUAGAAAUAGCCACUAGAAACUUCAAGACCAUUAUUGGAAAGGGUGGAUAUGGCGAUGUAUAUAAAGGAGAACUCUUACUUUCCGGUAAACUUACCUCUGUCGCUGUGAAGCGACUACCAAAAACCAACCAUUCUGGUCAAGGUCUUAAGGAGUUCUUAACAGAGAUUCAAUUACUCUCCCGUUAUGAACAUCCAAACCUGGUCUCCCUUCUUGGUUACUGUGAGGAACACGAUGAAAAGAUCCUUAUUUAUGAGUAUGCAGAGCAUGGAAGCCUGGACUGUUACCUAAGUAUGUCUAAUACCAGGUUUCCAGUCCCAUGGAAGCAAAGAAUCAAUAUAUGCAUUGACGCAGCACGGGGUUUGGAUUAUCUUCAUAACCAUGUUGCAGAAAAUCAUAGAGUUAUCCACAGGGAUAUAAAGAGUUCGAAUAUUUUAUUAGAUCACAACUGGAAAGCUAUGAUUUCAGAUCUGGGUCUUUCCAAAAUAGGUCGUGCAAAUGAAAAUGAGAGUUAUCUCAUUACGAAUCUUGCUGGCACACAUGGUUAUUGUGAUCCUGCGUAUAUAAAUACAGGUAUUCUGACAAAAGAAUCGGAUGUUUAUUCAUUUGGCGUGGUGUUGUUUGAAGUACUAUGUGGGAGGCCGGUGUUCAUGAAUGUAAAUAAUGAACGGCGAUUCCUAACAGAACUAGUUAAGACCUGCUACAAAAAAGGAAAUUUCAAUGAUAUAAUUGAUCUUGAUUUAAAGAAACAAAUGGACUCGGAUUCCUUGAAUAUGGUCUCAAAGAUUGCAUAUCAGUGCUUGGAGGAUGAUCGAAAACAACGACCAUCGAUGGGUUUGGUGGUAGAGAAACUUGAGAAAGCUUUGGAAUUGCAAGAACUUUCAGAAACAUGGGCACCAAAUGUACCUGCAAUCCACAAGAGAAAACUACAAAUAUUAAGUAAACUUGCGAAAACAUCGGCAGAAAAUGCUGAAACCUGUUUAUCAUCGAUGGCGUGCGUGCUGAUCUUGAUAUUUUUGUUGAUAAUGGACAGAAAACAAUUAGUAAUAACAAGGAUAUUAUUAAUUCUAUUGUUUUUAUUUUUAUUAUUACUAUUAUUAUUAUUUUUAUUAUUAUUUAUUAGAACUCUAUGUACCUUCGUUUUCACUCACACUCCUUUUUCUUCUCUGGCAACUAAAUCCGACUUUGGCCAUGAGCGAUAAUCUUGGCCGGUAUAGCCGUCUUCCAUCUGCCUCUCUCUGGUAAUCCUUUUCAAAUAAGUACAAAUCCAUCCGUUCUAGAAGAAUUGAGAUAUGUGGAUUUCACUGUAUGAUGGUCAUGUGAUCCCUUUUUUAUUUCCACCCACCCCUCUCUGGUAAGUCCAGAUCCGUAAUCAAGUGUAAUUACUUAAGUAAAUUUUCAUUGUUGUAAUGUUUGGGUGAAAUGUCGAGGAUUUAAUAGAAGGAGUUCUAAAUUUUCAUGGUUGUAAUCUUUAGCUAAAAUAAUGUUAAAGGAUUAAAAUGCCACGAAUUCUAAAUUUUUGUGGUUUGUAAAACUAGUAAUGUGAAGUUAUUCACUACAA